AUGGAAAAGGUGACGCCGGCAGCUCCCUUUGCAGACUCCAACUCCAGCACCAUGAACGUGUCUUUUGCUCACCUCCACUUUGCAGGAGGUUACCUGCCCUCUGACUCCAAGGACUGGAGGACCAUAGUCCCGGCUCUCUUGGUGGCUGUCUGCCUGGUGGGCUUCAUGGGGAACCUGUGUGUGAUUGGCAUCCUCCUUCAUAGCACUUGGAAAGGAAGGUCAACCAUGAUCCACUCUCUGAUUCUGAACCUCAGCCUGGCUGAUCUCUUCCUUCUGCUGUUUUCUGCACCGGUCCGAGCUCUAGCAUACUCCAAAGGCAUUUGGGAUCUGGGCUGGUUUGUCUGCAAGUCCUCUGACUGGUUCAUCCACACGUGCAUGGCAGCCAAGAGCCUGACAAUCAUUGCAGUGGCCAAAGUAUGCUUCAUGUAUGCAAGUGACCCAGCCAAGCAAGUAAGUAUGCACAACUGUACCAUCUGGUCUGUACUGGUAGCUAUCUGGGCUGUGGCUAGCCUGUUACCCCUGCCCGAAUGGUUUUUUAGCACCACCAGACAUCAUGCAGGUGUGGACAUGUGCAUCAUGGAUAUACCAGCCGCGGCCGAAGAGUUCAUGUCUAUGUUUGGUAAGCUCUACCCUCUCCUAGUAUUUUGCCUUCCGUUACUCUUUGCCAGCUUUUAUUUCUGGAGGGCUUAUGGCCAAUGUCAGAAACGAGGAACUAAAACUCAAAAUCUUACAAGUCAGAUCCGCUCAAAACAACUCACGGUGAUGUUGCUGAGCAUUGCCAUCACCUCUGCUGUUCUAUGGCUCCCUGAAUGGAUAGCUUGGCUGUGGGUAUGGCAUCUGAAGGCUGGAGGUCCGACCCCACCACAAGGGUUCAUAGCCCUGUCUCAAGUCCUAAUGUUUUCCAUCUCUUCAGCAAAUCCCCUCAUUUUUCUAGUGAUGUCAGAGGAGUUCAAGGAAGGCUUCAAAAGCUUAUGGCAAUGGAUGAUAACCAAAAAACCUCCAACUGCCUCAGAGUCUCAGGAAACACCAGCUGGUAACUCAGAGGUCCUUCCUGACAAUGUUCCAUCUCCAGAGUCCCCAACCUCCGUACCAGGGAAAGAGAAACCUGGCUCUCUCUCCUCCAGCAAGAAGAAAACUGAGAAGGCAGAGAUUCCUAUUCUCCCUGAUGUAGAGCAGUUUUGGCAUGGAAGGGACACCAUCCCUUCUGCACAAGACAAUGACCCUAUCCCCUGGGAACAUGAAGACCAAGAGACAGGGCGUUGUGAUAAAUAGAUUGUCUCAAAGCAAAACAAAUUGUGAUUGUCUUUACUUGUACUAUUGCUUAUCAAUAUUGCUGAAUUUACCAUAUAAAAGACAAAAUUGUUAGAAACUACAUAAAUGCUUCACAUUUUCAAAAUGUCUAAUUUGGUAAGUAGAACACUGUGUUAGGAAUAACUUUUAGAAUUAUAAUCUGGCUGUCAGAAGAAUUCAUUUUAAGUGCUGUAUAUGUGAAGAUACUUGUCAUAAGUGAUUAGAAAGCUAUUUGUCACUUGUUCACAAUGGCUUUUUUAUAGGGCUUCCUUAGGACCAACCUUGUACUGGCUGGGUAAUCAACCAACUUAUCUGGGGGCUGAACCCCUUUUCCAUCAGUUUCUUCCUGAACCAACUAGCCCUAACUUCACCUAAUUUUAUUUCAAAUAACCAAAGCUCAAAAGCUACUUCCACUUGAGAUUUUUCCAAAACAUUGGUGAAUAAAUUUUAAUGAGUUAUCUUCAUGUGCUGUUAACUUACUUAAUGAAAAUUCACGUAAGAUAUAAUAGAAGGCUGCAAAAUGAACAGCAUUACCUUAUUCCAAUUCUGGGCUAAUUUCAAACCAUAGCUGCUUUUGGUUAAGUUUAAAUAAAUUCAAACUCUUCCUUAUGCUAAAGCCUGCUUUAUUGAUCUUUUUAAUCCACCUCACUGAGUCUCCAGUUUGAGGAUUUCCUGACAUUCUAUAUUCUGAUAUGGAGAAAAAACGUAAAAACCUCUUUUUCUUCCCAAUUGUCUAUCCUUCCAAAAUGCAGUACAGUUUUUAUUCUUCUACAAGCUGCAAUCUGUUCUUCCCAGUUAUCUCCUUUCUCUCAAGAUAAACUAUUAAGUUAUGGUUAAUGAUAUAGGUUUCAUUGACUGAAGGAAACCUUCAGAUAUAAAGGAGGGAUGGAAAUGGUGACCUUUCUCGUUAGAUGGUAUUAAACUUACCCCAACACUGAACCUGAACUCUGCUCAAAUUUAGAACACCUCAGGCUGUUAUAAAAAUGAUCAUGAUUAGUAAGAGAAAAAAUUAGUAUGGAAAAGAGGAUAUUCAAAUGGCCACAAGACAGAUAAUUUGGCUAAAAAUAAUAGAAAAUAAAAAGUACAAAGGCAAUGCAGAAAGAAAAGCAAUAAAAUUGUGUUCCCAAACAUAUGGUAAAAUUUGAAUAAGAGCCAAUAACCAUUUUCUAGCAAGGUAAAGCAUACCCAAUAAAACAUAAUGAUUGAUACAUUUCUUCCUGUACUAAAAAAUGUAAUAAGGAUAUUUAUCCAUAAUCCCUGAUUAUAAUGGACCUCGAGGGUAUUUUCACUGAGAGGUUCCCCCAGAGGUUCCCUUUAGGGCAAGCAAUGGAGUUUGAAAUAUAAAGAACAUGCUGUGGACUUUUUUUUUUUUAAUGUUCAGUCUGUGGGCUUUUUUGGUUUGUUUUACAAAGUCAUAGUUUAACAUAGAAGGUAGGACUGUUUUAUUUUUACUUGGUUCAAUACAAAUUCUGAGGCUCACAAGAUGAAAUAAAGUACAAUUUAACCUAAGUAUCCAAAGUAUUGUCUUGUGAUGAGAUACUUAUGCAUGAGGAUUAUCUUUAAAGUUGUCUGUGAUAAACUUUGAUUAAAGGUUUUUAUGUUCAUUACAUAUACUAAAUGUAGAAUGUACUCUGCCGGUGUUUAACACUAACUUGUAAACAAAUAAAAACAACUGUGUUACUUCAGAUGGUUUUUGGAAGCUUAACACUGUCUUUGUCUUGAAUUAUCAGUUCAAAAUCAUUAUCUGGCACAAUGGGGAGGUCUUACUACUGGCCCAAGUCUCAGAGUUAAGUUGAAUCACGUAUUCUCAAAGAAUUUGGCAGUAAGUACCAAAUCAAGAUGCAGACACUGGAAUGCAGUAGAAUUACAUUAAAUCUUCCAAAGUUCUGACUUGAUCCCUUAGAAAAAUCUGCACAGAAAUGUUGAUUUGUACCAUGGAUGAAUAAUCAAACCCAAGUACCCCAAGAAAAAAGUAGGAAAUUAAAACAGUUAUCACUAAAGCCAUUUUCUUCACUUCUCUACAAUGAUAAACCGUAUUGGUAAACAAUACUAUGUGGAAUCCAGAGUAAUAAAAUAGGCAUUCUAGAAAUUUCACCUUUGUAGGACAGUCAUGUCCAUAAUAGCUGUAUUCCUUUCAGCAAACACUCUAGUUUCACUCUUGAUACAAUUUAAAAAUCAAUGAAUUUGUAAAAAGGAACUUAGAAAAAAAAAAAUAUGUAUAUAUCCAUAUAGACCAUUAAUUAUCAAUUUUACAUGUUAAGAACUUAGUCUGAUAAUCAAUUCCAGGUCUCUACAUAGAGUUCACAUAAGUUCUGUAACACUUUAUAAUUACUAAGUAACACAGAUGUGUAUGUGUCUGUGCCUGCAUGUGUAUAUGUAACAAAUACAGAUUUGUUAAUAUUUCCUCUUUUUAAUGGUUUGUUGCAAUCAUAGCAGCUGCGACAUAACAGGGAAAAUAAAAUAUCCUAUUAACAUGUAUUUUCUUAAACAUUUUAUUUAUGUGGCACUCUAAACGUAGGUAUCUAUGAAGGGAUGAAAUAGAAGCAUCUUUUUUAACUGGGGAGGUAAAGCUAGAAAGAACAACUUCAAAGGUAAGUUUCAUGGUGUAAUGUAUAUGACACAUGGGAAGGAUGCAAAAAGGCACAAAUCAUCAAUAUAAACGACAAAACCAAGAAAACAAAAAAAUCAGCAUCUUCUUGGUGUGAAGCAAUAACAUAUUGCUAAGACACUGAACACCAAAUGGUUCUUUACAAAUUCCUUGCCUUUUACACUGCAAAUAAUUUAUUAUUAUAUUCAAGCCUUUAAAAACUGUGCAAA